GCUUGCUCACAUGAGUUUUUGUGUAUAUGUCGAACUGCUGCUGAGACUGGUUGCUAUGCUGUACACAUAUUCAGAGUAAACGAAACAUAGAUAACAUUAUCCGAUUAUGCAUUUAGUAACUGUUUAUGUGUACAGAAAUAUUGCAUAAAGAAAAUGAAAGUAGUCGCGUUGAUAAGUGGGGGCAAAGACAGCUGUUAUAACAUGAUGCAAUGUGUCGCUGCUGGGCACCAGAUAGUAGCGCUGGCCAACCUGCGUCCUGCUAACAAGGAUGAGUUGGACAGCUACAUGUAUCAGACGGUGGGGCACCAGGCCAUAGACCUGUAUGCUGAGGCUAUGGAUCUGCCCCUGUACCGACGCACCAUCCAGGGCUCCAGCCUCGACACUGGGAGAGACUACAGCCAGACAGAGGGAGACGAAGUGGAAGACCUCUACCACCUACUGAACAUGGUUCAGGAAAAGGAGGAUGUCGAGGCGGUGUCUGUAGGGGCCAUUCUUUCAGACUACCAAAGAGUACGAGUGGAAAAUGUGUGUGUGCGACUGGGUCUGCAGCCCCUGGCCUACCUGUGGCGCCGUGACCAGGCAACCCUGCUCUCCGAGAUGAUAUCAUGUGACCUCCACGCCCUCCUCAUCAAAGUGGCCGCCUUCGGGCUGGAUCCUGAGAAACACUUGGGGAAAUCUCUGGCUGACAUGGAGCCCUAUCUAACUCAGCUUUCUGAGAAGUAUGGAGUCCAUGUCUGUGGAGAAGGGGGCGAGUACGAGACAUUUACUCUCGAUUGUCCUCUGUUCAAGAAGAGACUUGUUAUUGAUGCUAUGGAGACAGUGAUCCACUCUGCAGAUGCCUUUGCUCCGGUUGGCUACCUGCACUUCAGCAUGAUGCACACAGAGGACAAGGUGAAUGGCCCGGUGGCGAGUGCUUUGCCCCUCGGUAGUUGUCCUUGCCAGAGUGUCAUUGAAAAGAUGACUGAGGAGGCUGAUCAAGCUGAAGACAUCCAGGAAGAAUUUACAUCAAAUGGCGACCUUACUUGUCAUCGGGGCCGUGACUUCCCAUCCUGCUCACCUAAAAGCUCCAGGGGCUACCAGUGGAUCUCAGGCAUCACCGGGCUUCACAGCCCAGACCCAGGGAUCCAGAGUCAGACCAAUACAGCAUUCACUCUGCUACAAGCUGAGCUGGAGAGGAGAGGCUGGCAGCUGAAGCAUAUUGUUCUGGUUCACCUGUAUGUGAGGAACAUGGAGGACUUCAUUUCACUCAACAAAGUCUACACCACCCACUUUGGCGCAAACCCCCCUGCCAGGGUGUGUGUCCAGGCACCUCUACCUGCCGGUCAGCUCCUCCAGAUGGACUGUCUGCUCCACGACUGGCCCCCGGAGCCACAGGAGGCCCAGCAGGAGGCUACCUUUCACCACAGAGAGGCUCUUCAUGUCCAGAGCCUGUCCCACUGGGCUCCCGCCAACAUCGGGCCCUACAGCCAGGCCCUCAGGGUGGAUGAGGCAGUGUUCUGUGCAGGCCAGAUCGCCCUGGUGCCUUGUACCAUGCAGCUGGUGAGGGCUGGAGCAAGGACCCAGGCCUGCCUGUCCUUCAGCCACAUAGAGAAGGUUCUGGAAGCAGUGAUCAGCAGCCUUACCCUGGGCCAUGUGCUGCAGGCCCACUGCUACGCCACCCGCAGCCAAGACAUCCCUGUCAUCAGAGCAGUCUGGGACAGCAAGCUGAGGGCCGCACAAGAGAAGGAGGAAUCAUUCGGGGAGCAAGAGAUUCAGAGUGGACCCUUGCUGGUUACCGUGGUCUCUGCCUUACCCAGGGGAGCGGCUGUGGAACUGCACGUCAUUGCUGCCCACGACGACCCCAGACACAGGACUUCCUGUCACAUGACUACUGAGGUGGCGUGUGGAACCAUAGAAUGUCAUGCCAUGCUGUCCAGCGAUAGCCAGUGUGCCACUGUAUCCUUGGCACUGAUGGUGCCCAGCUCUGCACCAGCUGUCUCAGGGGUGGAAGGGGAGAUACUGGUUGCACUGGUUGCUACCCUUCAGAGUGCCAUGCAGAAGAUUGGUGGUGGUGGGAUCUCUCCACUGUGUGCCAGGGUGUUCUACAAGUGUAACAAUGCUCUGGCUGGACAGCUUGUAACAGCACGCACAGCCCCAGCCAUGGCCUGGGAGAGGGCCUGUGGCCAGGCAGCCUUCAUGGUUCACAGCCCAGCUCCACGCCUAAUGCUUUCCAAAAGUCAAGGAAGGGAAAAGUAGCACCUCUGGCGCUAGCCGUCACAGCCCCAAACUGCCACUGUUGUAGCGCAGUGCAACGCCGCUGAAAAAUGUGACCCACCCCGAGUCACUAUCGCUGCGCUUCACGGCUGAUAGACAGACAUAUGCUCCGGAUGAAACCUUUUACAUGUUGUCUGAAGAUGUUAUUUACGUUACAGAGACUCAACAACCCCACAUAUGGCCUAGUUGUGUCAGAUGAUUUGUCUACUAUUUAACAAUAUUCUUAUAAAAACAUUUCAAAAGACUUUAGUAUGUUUUCGUUGUUUUCUAUAAAUUAUGAGUAAAAAUGCUGUUACAGAUCCACUGAAAUUUUGAAAGAAAGGCAUCAAUUGUUUCAUAGAAAAUCUAUAUUUACAGUGCAUUCGGAAAGUAUUCAGACACCUUUUUUCCCCAUAUUUUAUUACGUUACAGACUUAUUCUAAAAUUCCUUUUAUCAUUUGUUUUACCCUCCUCAAUCUACACACAAUACCCCAUAAUGACGAAGCAAAAACUGGUUUUUAGAACUAUUUGCAAAUGUAUACAAAAAACAAUUGAAAUAUACAUUUACAUAAGUAUUCAGACCCUUCACUGUUGAAGCACCUUUUACAGUGAUUACAGCCUACUGUCUUCUUGGGUAUGAUGCUACAAGCUUGGCACACCUGUAUUUGGGCAGUUUUUCCCAUUCUUCUCUCCAGAUCCUCUCAAGCUAUGUCAGGUUGGAUGGGGAGCUUUGCAGCACAGCUAUUUUCAGGUCUCUCCAGAGAUGUUCGAUCCGGGUUCAAGUCCGGGCUGUGGCUGGGCCACUCAAGGUCAUUCAGAGACUUGUCCCAAAGCCAGUCCUGCAUUGUCUUGGAUGUGUGCGUUGUUGUCCUGUUGGAAGGCGAACCUUCGCACCAGUCUGACAUCCUGAGCUUUCUGGAGCAGGCUUUCAUCAAGGAUCUCUCUGUACUUUUCCCCGUUCAUCUUUACAUUGAUCUUGACAAGUCUCCCAGUCCCUGCUACUGAAAAACAUCCCCACAGCAUGAUGCAACCACCACCAUGCUUCACCGUAGGUAUGGUCUCAGGUUUCCUCCAGACGUGACGCUUGACAUUCAGGCUAAAGAGUUCAAUCUUGGUUUCAUCAGACCAGAGAAUCUUGUUUCUCAUGGUCUGAGAGUCUUCAGUUGCCUUUUGGCAAACUCAAAGCAGGCUGGCAUGUGCCUUUUACUGAGGAGUGGCUUACGUCUGGCCACUCUACCAUAAAGGCCUGAUUGGUGGAGUGCUGCAGAGAUGGUUGUCCUUCUGCAAGGUUCUCCCAUCUCCACAGAGGAACUUUGGAGUUCUGUCAGAGUGACCAUCAGGUUCUUAGUCACCUCCGUGACCAAGGCUCUUCUCACCCGAUGGCUCAGUUUGGCCUGGCGGCCAGCUCUAGGAAGAGUCUUGGUGGUUCCAAAUAUAUAUAUACAGUACCAGUCAAAUGUUUGGACACACCUACUCAUUCAAGGGUUUUGCUUUAUUUUUUAACUAUUUUUGACAUUGUAGAAUAAUAGUGACGACAUCAAAACUAUUAAAUAACACAUAUGGAAUAAAGUAGCCACCUUUUGCCUUGAUGACAGCUUUGAACACUCUUGGCAUUCACUCAACCAGCUUCACCUGGAAUGCUUUUUCAAUAGUCUUGAAUGAGUUCCCACAUAUGCUGAGAACUUGUUGGCUGCAUUUCAUUCACUCUGCGGUCCAACUCAUCCUAAACCAUCUCAAUUUGGUUGAGGUCGGGUGAUUGUGGAGGACAGGUCAUCUGAUGCAGCACUACAUCACUCUCCUUGGUCAAAUAGCCCUUACACAGCCUGGAGGUGUGUUGGGUCAUUGUCCUGUUGAAAACAAAUGCUAGUCCCACUAAGCAUAAACCAGAUGGGAUGGCGUAACGCUGCAGAAUGCUGUAGUAGCCACACUGGUUACCGCCUUGAAUUCUAAAUAAAUCACUGACAGUGUCACCAGCAAAACACCAUCACACCUCCUCCUCCAUGCUUCACGGUGGGAAUCACACAUGCAGAGAUCAUCAUCCUUUCACCUACUCUCACAAAGACAGGGCGGUUGGAACAAAAAAUCUAAAAUUUGGACUCAUCAGACCAAAGGACAGAUUUCCACCUGUCUAAUGUCCAUUGCUUGUGUUUCAUGGCCCAAGCAAGUCUCUUCUUCUUAUUGGUGUCCUUUAGGCGUGGUUUCUUUGCAGCAAUUUGACCAUGCAGGCCUGAUUCACGCAGUCUUCUUUGAACAGUUGAUGUUGAGAUGUGUCUGUUACUUGAACUCUGUGAAGCAAUUAUUUGGACUGCAAUCUGAGGUGCAGUUAACUCUAAUGGACUUAUCCUCUGCAACAGAGGUAACUCUGGGUCCUCCUUUGCUGUGGCGGUCCUCCUGAGAGACAGUUUCAUCAUAGCGCUUGAUGGUUUUACGACUGCUCAAAUCUUCCUCAUUGGCUGACCUUCAUGUCUUAAAGUAAUGAUGGACUGUCAAUACUCUUAGCUUAUUUUAGCUGUUCUUGCCAUAAUAUGGACUUGGUCUUUUACCAAAUAGGACUAUCUUCCAUAUACCACCCCUACCGUGUCACAACACAACUGAUUGACUCAAACGCAUUAAGAAGGAAAGAAAUUCCACAAAUUAACUUUUAACAAUGUGCACCUGUUAAUUGAAAUGCAUUCCAGGUAACUAUUUGAGAGAAUGCCAAAAGUGUGCAAAGCUGUCAUCAAGGCAAAGGGUGGCAACUUUGAAGAAUCUCAACCAAAAAAUAUAUAUAUAUUUUUAUUUUUUUAUAUAUAUUUUUUAAACAUUUAUAUACACACACACUACCGUUCAAAAGUUUGGGGUCAAUUAGAAAUUUCCUUGUUUUUGAAAGGUAAGCACAGCUGAUUUAAAAAAAAUGGAAUAUCCACAUAGGCGUACAGAGGCCCAUUAUCAGCAACCAUCACUCCUGUGUUCCAAUGGCAUGUUGUGUUAGCUAAUCCAAGUUUAUCAUUUUAAAUGGUUAAUUGAUCAUUAAAUCAAAUGAAUUUGUAUUAGUCACAUUCGCUGAAUACAACAGACCUUACAGUGAAAUGCUUACUUAUGCGCCCCUAACCAACAAUGCAGUUAAAAAGAAUAUGAUUAAGAAUAAGAAAUCAAAUCAACAAGUAAUUAAAGAGCAGCAGUAAAAUAACAAUAGCGAGACUAUAGACAAGGGGGUACUGGUACAGAGUCGAUGUGCGGGAGCACAGGUUAGUUGAGGUAAUAUGUACAUGUAGGUAGAGUGGUUAAAGUGACUAUGCAUAGAUGAUAACAACAGAGAGUAGCAGCGGUGUAAAGGAGGUGCAAUGCAAGUAGUCUGGGUAGACAUUUGAUUAGAUGGCUUGGGGGUUGAAGCUGUUUAGAAGCCUCUUGGACCUAGAUUUGGCGCUCCGGUACCGCUUGCCGUGCGGUAGCAGAGAGAACAGUCUAUGACUAAGGUGGCUGGAGUCUUUGACAAUUUUUAAGGCCUUCCUCUGACACCGCCUGGUAUAGAGGUCCUGGAUGGCAGGAAGCGUGGCCCGUUGGUACUGGGCCGUUGGCACGACCCUCUGUAAUGUCUUGCUGUUGGUCGCUGAGCAGUUGCCAUACCAGGCAGUGAUGCUCUCGAUGGUGCAGCUGUAGAACCUUUUGAGGAUCUGAGGACCCAUGCCAAAUCUUUUCAGUCUCCUGAGGGGGAAUAGGUUUUGUUGUGCCCUCUUCACGACUGUCUUGGUGUGCUUGGACCAUGUUAGUUUGUUGGUGUUGUGGACACCAAGGAACUUGAAGCUCUCAACCUGCUCCACUGCAGCCCCGUCGAUGAGAAUGGGGGCGUGCUCGGUCCUCUUUUUCCUGUAGUCCACAAUCAUCUCCUUUGUCUCGAUCAUGUUGAGGGAGAGGUUGUUGUCCUGGCACCACACGGCCAGGUCUCUGACCUCCUCUCUAUAGGCUGUCUCGUCGUUGGCGGUGAUCAGGCCUACAACUGUUGUGUCAUUGGCAAACUUAAUGAUGGUGUUGGAGUCGUGCCUGGCCAUGCAGUCAUGAGUGAACAGGGAGUACAGGAGGGGACUGAGCAUGCACCCCUGAGGGGCCCCUGUGUUGAGGAUCAGCGUGGUGGAUGUGUUGUUACCUACAUUUACCACCUGGGGGUGGCCCGUCAGGAAGUCCAGGAUCCAGUUGCAGAGGUAAGUGUUUAGUCUCAGGGUCCUUAGCUUAUUGAUGAGCUUUGAGGGCACUAUGGUGUUGAAAGCUGAGCUGUCGUCAAUGAAUACAAUUCUCACAUAGGUGUUCAUUUUGUCCAGGUGGGAAAAGUCAAUGUGCAAUAGAGAUUGCAUCAUCUGUGGAUCUGUUGUGGCGGUAUGCAAAUUGGAUCGGGUCUAGUGUUUCUGGGAUAAUGGUGUUGAUGUGAGCCAUGACCAGCCUUUCAAAGCACGUCAUUAGAAAACCCUUGUGCAAUUAUGUUAGCACAGCUGAAAACUGUUGCCCCGGUGCACAACCUAGCAAGAGGACAGGUACAUUAGAGUGUCUAGUUUGAGAAACAGACGCCUCACAAGUCCUCACCUGGCAACUUCCUUAAAUAGUACCUGCAAAACACCAGUCUCAACGUCAACAGUGAAGAGGUGACUCCGGUAUGCUGGCCUUCUAGGCAGAGAAAAAGCCAUAUCUCAGACUGGCCAAUAAAAAGAAAAUAUUAAAAAGAACACAGACACUGGACAAAGGAAGAUUGGAAAAAUGUGUUAUGAACAGACAAAUCUACAUUUGAGGUGUUCGGAUCACAAAAAAGAUUCAUGAGAAGCAGAAAAAAAUGAAAAUAUGCUGGAGGAGUGCUUAAUGCCAUCUGUCAAGCAUGGUGGAGGCAAUGUGAUGAUCUGGGGGUGCUUUGGUGGUGGUAAAGUGGGAUAUUUGUACAGGGUAAAAUGUAUCUUGAAGACGGAAGGCUAUCACUCCAUUAUGCAACGCCAAACCAUACCCUGUGGACGGCGCUUAAUUGGAGCCAAUUUCCUCCUUCAACAGGACGAUGACCCAAAGCACAGCUCCAAACAAUGCAAGAACUAUUUAGGGAAGAAGCAGUCAGCUGGUAUUCUGUCUAUGAUGGAGUGGCCAGCACAGUCACCGGAUCUCAACCCUAUUGAGCUGUUGUGGGAGCAGCUUGACCGUAUGUACGUAAGAAGUGCCCAUCAAGCCAAUCCAACUUGUGGGAGGAGCUUCAGGAAGCAUGGGGUGAAAUCUCUUCAGAUUACCUCAACAAAUUGACAACUAGAAGCCAAAGGUUUGCAAGGCUGUAAUUGCUGCAAAUUGAGGAUUCUUUGAUGAAGCAAAGUUUGAAGGAAACAGUUAUUUCAAUUAAAAAUCAUUAUUUAUAACCUUG